AAGCGUAUAAACAAACCAUCUCAAGUCCUUUCCUUUCCACAUUCCAUUCCGUAUGUUGUUUACAUUGAGAGAGCAAGAAGACGACGAAAAAAAAGAAUUUGAGCACAGAUCGAACAAUUGGUUUUGCUGCCAAUUGUCCCUAAGCGGUCCGGAGAGGUGGCGACCGAAAACCCAGAAAGCGAGACGCUCAACGGUCGUCUCCAAUUGUUCCUAUCGUCCUUGUUGUCGAGCCUUGGAGGAGUUUUCGGCCAUAGCCACGAAGCAGAAGAAGAAGAAGAAGAACCAGAUCCAGAGAUGGCUUCAAGAGCAAUUGUUGCUCCCAAUCCCAAAGAGGAGGGAGUUAAGCAGAAGAAUGCUCAACCGGAAGGAAAGAACCGGCGCGUGCUCAGGGACAUCGGGAACCUUGUAACCGUCCCUGCUGCAGAAGGGAAACCCCAAAAUCAGAUUCGUCGUCCUAUUACAAGGACUUUCUGUCAACAGUUACUGGCAAAUGCACAAGCGGCAGCAGAAGAGAAGAAUAAGAAGCCUCUUGCAGAAGUUGCCAAUGGUGGUGGCGCUGUUAGGGUUAAUGUGGCAAGGAAACAUGGUGGGGCAGCGAAAGUAAAACAACAUGAGCAGCCAAAACCCCUUGAAAUAAGCCCUGACAAGGAAGAGGAUAAAAAGCCUGUCACUGUCAGUGAUGGAAGAAAAUUGGGAGUAGCCUCUUCGAGGAAGAAGGGGAUCAAGACCCUAACUUCAAUCCUCAGUGCUAGAAGCAAGGAGGCUGCUGCUGCUGCUGCUGGAUCAGGGAAACCGAUAGUGAACAUCGAUGCGGCCGAUGCUUAUAAUGAAUUGGCCGUUGUUGAAUACGUUGACGACAUGUACAAGUUCUACAAGAUGUCAGAGGAUGAGAGUCGGGUUCACGACUACAUGGACUCUCAGCCUGAAAUAAAUGCAAAGAUGAGAUCAAUUCUCAUAGACUGGUUGGCUGAAGUUCAUAGAAAGUUUGAGCUAAUGCCCGAGACACUCUAUCUCACCAUCAACAUAGUGGACCGGUACCUUUCGAUGAAGACUGUGCCCAGAAAGGAGCUUCAGUUGCUUGGCAUUGGCUCAAUGCUCAUUGCCUGCAAGUAUGAAGAAAUAUGGGCGCCUGAGGUUAAUGACUUUGUGGCCAUAUCAGACAAUGCUUAUGCUAGGGAACAGAUUCUGGUCAUGGAGAAGGCUAUUCUGGGAAGGCUGGAGUGGCAUUUGACAGUUCCUACACCUUACGUCUUCCUAGCUAGAUACACGAAAGCCUCUGUCCCAGCCGAUCAAGAGCCAAUGCAGAUGGAGAACAUGGUCUUCUUCCUGGCUGAACUGGGCCUGCUGCACUAUCACACUGUUACAUUGUACUGUGCAUCCAUGAUAGCUGCUGCAGCUGUUUACGCUGCCCGGUGCACGCUCGACAGGAAGCCUCACUGGACGGGGACGCUCGAGCACCACACCGGCUACUCUGAAGAGCAGUUAAGGGAUUGUGCAAAGCUGUUGGUGAGCUUCCACUUGGAUGCGGUGGAGAGUAGCAAGCUCAGGGCUGUGUUCAGGAAGUAUUCAAGUCCAGAGAGAGGCUCUGUUGCUUCGUUACGUCCAGCAAUGAGCCUCUUGGCUUUGGUCGCGUCCUCAUCUCCUAAUUCUGAAUGAAGUAAUUAAAUCUUUGGAAUUUGAGAUUUAUUAGCCUUUUUUAAGCUAAGCUAAAGCUAAGCUAGUAGAAGAAAAAGAGAUCAUGGUGUGCCUUUAUGAUCUCUCACUCUCAUCUCUUGUUUCUUUUUUUGACAAAUAGACUUUGAUGAUGAUGUGAACAGCUUGUUUCAACAAAUCUUAUGAAUGAAUGCAGAUGACUGGCGUUUAUUAUUCU